AUGCAGAGGUUGAGAGAUGUUGCGCAAACGGCUGGUCUCCAGAAUGCAGGAGAUGAACUUGGAGUGGUCGAGAGCAGGAUGUUGAUUCAUGCCAACACCGCGGAACAAUGCCGCGGUGACAAUGAUCCGAAAUGUCUGGACGACUAUUCCCUCUGUGUGCUGAAGCCAGGACUGGAAGAUGCCAAAGAGUGCAAUGGUCAAACUGCCUAUUGGCCCGAGAAAGAGAAGGAUGCAUGUAGCAACUGGUGCACUUCAAGCUGCGGCUCAUCGACCUUCCACUCCAAAGCCUAUUGCACUGUCUCCGAGGAGCAUCUGGGGAAGUCGUGCCGCGUGAACCGUGCAGCACCGUACCGCUUCGAUGUGGUGAAGAAGGGCAAGUUGGGAGGAGCUUGGGUCCAUUGUGGCAAGGGCCCAGUGGCCAUGUACAACAUCCACUGGCAGCACCGGCUCCUGAAAAUCGUGGCCAUGCGCAAACUCGAGGGCACCACCGUGGAAGACCGAGAACACGCAGCGCGGCAGGUGAUGCAGAUCUUCGCAGAGCCCACAGUCACUCAAACCAAUGUGACCAUGUUGGACGUGAUGGUGCUAAGCCUUUCAGAGCUAGUGGGAAAGGCCAAGAAUUUCAAGGAAGCCAGUGCCGCGGUCUGUCUCGAAGCGGCGUGCUGCGAGGCUUAG